GACGAGGAAAAAUUCUAAAUUGGAGAACUUCGGCGGAUUUGAGACUAGGGUUUAGGGUUUCGAUUGGAUUGCAUAUAAAGAGGAAAAGGGAGAGAAAGGAGGGAUUUUUUUCCCGUUUUACCCACUGAGAUACAAUGAAAUUACAUUUAGCUGUGGGAAAAUGGGUGGGCUGGGUUUGGCCCUGUCGGCGCGGGAACUUGGCCCAAUAACUGGAGAGAAAACAAUGGAAUAAAGUUUUCCUCCCGGCGAGGAUUUUGAUGCUGAGAAAACCCACCAUGGAAUUACAGAGCAAGAAGCUUGUUCUAGUGUUCUUCUUCUUCACUGUGUUGGUAUCUUGCGUCCAUGCUUGGACUGGUGAGAUUCGUGGCAGGGUUGUCUGUGAUGCGUGCGGGGAUUCUUCCAUCGGACCUGAAGAUCAUAUUUUGGAAGGUGCUGAAGUUGCUGUUCUCUGCAUUACAAAAUCUGGGGAAGUUGUAAACUACCAAGCUUUCACAAACUCUAAGGGAAUAUACACUGUGGCAGAAACAAUGCCUGAAAGUGACCGCUGGGAUGCAUGCUUGGCGCGACCUAUCAGCAGUUUCCAUGAGCACUGCAGUCAUCUUGGGGAGGGCAGCACGGGAGUCAAGUUCACCUAUAAUCGUCCCUCGGGGUAUUUCCACACCAUAAAACCUUUUGUGUAUCGACCAGCAAGCAUUCCUACCUACUGUAUCUGAACAUUAACAUUGUUUAAAAUAAAGCUUGUAACUUAUAUAUCAUUAAUAUCAAAAAAUGUGUAAUUUCCAUAGACUCAAUCUUGUUGUGUGUCAUGCUUUCCUGCAACAAACAGUUGAGCAAUGUAUAUGACAGAAUAAUAAUGUUGGCAUAAUCGUAGUUUUGCUGUUACAUGGCAAUGAAUGGAAGCCAAUUUG